CAGCAGUCUACUCAAGGAUGGUGUUAGAUUACUGACAGAGAAGGACUCGGUACAUGGAAUUCGACCCAAAAUUGUUUACAAACUGGUCAAGGAAUCUCAAAAGGAUGUAGUACCUUUGCCAGUACGAGUGUCCACCCAGUGAUGUACAAAGACUGCUCUUGAGGUGUCCAAUGCGUUCGUCCGUUCUGGUUGACAGGAUGCCGAGCGUGUCCAACAAGGGAUAUGUCUCCACGUACUCCUCGUCCUACCGGCCAACCUCCUCCUCCUCCUCCUCUGCCUACACCAGGACACCAAGCACCACCCGCAAAUACAGCACGCCAUCAUUCAACCUCGACUCCUCAUCCUCAUCCUCAUCUACGUAUAGGAGACGUCUUCCAGUCGGCCCAGGGCCACUUGACUCAUCCGGCCGAAAAUUGUCCGAAUACAGUGUACGAAAUCGAACCCCAUCUAGCACACGGAAUGGUCCCCUCAAAGCUGAUUAUUCACCCAGUAGUAAUCGGGAUAACGACUACUCGUAUGGUACACUGUCGAACAGGAGAACGGGGUAUUCAAACCAUGAGUUUGGGACACCGAGUCGAUUGUCGGGAAGAAGGUCUGCCAGUUUAGCCAAUCUGAAUGAUAUCGAAAACUUGCAUAUUGGUGAGACAAGUAAGUAUAAUGCUCGUAAUGAGAGGGACUAUUCGUCGAGCACUUACGGCACGACUCCACGACGUAGCACCUAUUAUCGGGACGAGGAUAUCCUUGCAGGGUCAAGUCGGACAUCAUCAAGGGCAAGUCGGAUUUCCGUGUCUGUUGAUCGGGAGAAUUUGAAUUCAACUGGAUACAUGCCACGGACUUUGUCACGGAAUGUGUCACAUGAUACGAGCCCUGUACGGGAACGUGCGGCAACUCCUACAAGAAGAUACAGUACGGAUGCUCGUGAGAGUCCCUCCAUCCCCAAGUCGGUCUCAAGGCAAGGCUCAAAUAGCUCACUGUCUGGAGCCUUGUCUAAAAACACAAAUGGUGGCAAAGUUGGUCUUCGGAAUCUUGGCAAUACGUGUUUCAUGAACACUGUGAUCCAGUGUCUGAGCAACACACGGCUGCUACUUGAGUACUGUCUGAAGGACGACUACCUGAUGGACAUCAACACCACCACCUCCAGCAUGAAGGGGGCCAUCAUGAAAGCCUAUGUGAACAUCAUGCAGUCUAUGUGGAAGGACCGAUCAGACACCUACAUCAGCCCCAAUGCCUUCAAGACCCAGGUCCAGAAGUUUGCCCCUCGAUUCAUGGGUUAUGCACAACAAGAUUCUCAAGAGUUUCUGCGGUACCUCCUUGAGGGGUUGCAUGAGGACGUCAACAAGGUGACUGAAAAACCCAAGCCUAUUGUGUUGGAGGACAACAAGCUGGAGAGAAAGAGUGACAAUGAAAAGUCUCACGAGUAUUGGCGAGCCUACCUCAACUUUGACAACAGUAAGAUUGUCGACAUCUUCGUUGGCCAGUUAAAGAGUGAGCUCAAGUUCUCUCAGUGCGGACAUCGCUCUGUGACCUUUGACCCCUUCUGGGAUCUGUCACUGCCGAUACCCAAGAAUCGAAGUGAGGUGAGCCUGGACGACUGCAUCCGUCUCUUCAUGAAGGAGGAGGAGCUGCAGGACGAACCGAUGUGUGCCAAGUGUAAAGAACGACGGCCCUGCACCAAGAGCUUCUCUAUACAGAAAUUCCCAAAGAUUCUUGUUUUUCACUUAAAACGGUUCAGUCAGGAGAAGUUUGGGAGGAAACUAACGACCAGUGUGGAGUACCCCACCGCCAGGCUUGAACUCAAAGACUACGCUGCUGAGAGAGGGGGCUCCAAUAUGGUGUACAACUUGUAUGCUGUCAGCAACCACUCCGGGGGAGUGCACUCCGGCCACUACACGGCAAUAUGUCGACAUCCAUACUCAGGGGAGUGGCAACUCUACAACGACACAAGGGUCUCACCAGCAAGGUCUAAUCAAGCAGUGUCAAACGAAGGCUACCUUCUCUUCUAUGAACAGGCAGACCACUAGUCACAUGAUCUGAAUAAAGCUCACCGAUUGGUUCCCACCUAAGUCACAUGGCUAGUUUAAGUCAUGUGAUGAGAAACCUGUCUUGAACCAAUCAGAGUUUGUCAGAGAAAUGGCUCCAUUCUAUAUAAGUUAUUGUGUUUUGAUGCAUCUAGUUGGCAAGAUUCUGUGAUACUGAUAUGUUUACAAAGUGCUCCGGCCUACUUUACUUCUGUUAGCCGUGGCUGGUCACAUAUUUCUUAGUCCAUGUGUAAUGUCCCUCUGAUAUUUAUUGAAUGUUAAGCUUAUUUUUUAUGUUUAAAACAAAAGUAAUGAAAUGACAAUUCAUUUAAUUAGAAUGAGAUGAUGAAAAUAUUACCCAGCCAAAGUUUGUUUAUGUUUGUGAAUUUAUAUGAACUUUCAAAUAUCUUCCAUUGGUUACAACCAAAUUGUAAUGCAUAAGUGGUAUGCAUAAUAGUUGUUUUUUACAAUUGAUUUAAUCUAUGUUUGUUUGCAUUAUAAGUGUCAUUUGCAUAUAUAUUUAUAUACAUAGAUUAACAAUCUUGCUUUGUGUAGGAGGGAAAUGUUCCAUUUGAAAUAUCAAAACUUGAUAUUUUACUUGGUGAAAUGUUACAAUGUUUACAAAGAGACCUGUUAUGAUAAUAUGAUUGUCAUAUUAAUAUGUAUGAAACCUGCCUUGUGAUGAGAUAUUUGUUCAUAACGCUUGUCUUGUAAACUCAUGUCCAUGGAGCACCAUAGUUGAACACACCUUUAGCUGUUUUGAACACUUCUAUGAAUACAUUCAUUGUUUAACACAUUUCUAACCGGUUUCAACACUUCUAUGAAUACAUGCAUAGUUUAACACAUCUUUAGCUGUUUGGAACACUUCUAUGAAUACAUGCAUAGUUUAACACAUCUUUAGCUGUUUGGAACACUUCUGUGAAUACACCCAUAGUUUAACACAUCUUUAGCUGUUUGGAACACUUUUAUGAAUACGUCCAUCCAUAGUUUAACACAUCUUUAGCUGUUUGGAACACUUCCAUGAAUACAUCCAUAGUUUAACACAUCUUUAGCUGUUUUGAAAGUUCUGUGAAUACACCCAUAGCUUAACUCAUCUUUAGCUGUUUGGAACACUUCUAUGAAUACAUGAUAGUUUAACACAUCUUUAGCUGUUUUGAACACUUCUAAGAAUACUUGCAUAGUUUAACAUAUCUUCAGCUGUUUGACACGUCGCUAUAUAAGUGCAAUAAUCUUGGACGCGACGUUAAACCCCAUUUCACCUCACCUUCAGCUGUUUGGAACACUUCUAUGAAUACAUCCAUAGUUUAACACAUCUUUAGCUGUUUGGAUUAUUUCUGUGAAUACAGGUGGUAUAAAUUAUUUUCACACCAGAUCCGUGGUUGUUAAGUUAAAAUAUUUUAUAGACAUUGUCUACCUUGAUUAAAAGGAAAAUUUACAAGUCAAUCCAAAAACUCCAAACUUAGCAUUCAAAUUCUACGAAUACAUGUAGUAUAAAUUGUUAUUUCGCCAGAUCCGUGGUUGUUAAGUAUUAUAUAUGAUGGACAUUCUCGCCUUGACAAAUGACUGGAAUGUAGAUUUACUGGUGAAAGCUAACAAUGCAAACUGAGGAUUGUCAUUAGCGGUUCAAGCCACGGAUUGAUAUACAUGUAGUAUAAAUUGUUAUUUCGCCAGAUCCGUGGUUGUUAAGUAUUAUAUAUGAUGGACAUUCUCCGUCUUGACAAAUGACUGGAAUGAAGAUUUACUGGUGAAAGCUAACAAUGCAAACUGAGGAUUGUCAUUAGCAGUUCAAGCCACGGAUUGAUAUACAUG